GGGACCAACCCAUCCCUGAGGAAUGAGAUGAAGAUUCUUCAUGUAGAGGAACAUGGAGUGUCUUUAGAGGAAGUGCAUGAGGUCACCAGAUUCCAUGCUAAGAUUCUCCAUCCCAAGUUCUCAGCUAUCGCUCUAAUUCUGAGAUUACUGUCUUGGAACAUAGAUGUCCACUGUGAGCUGAUGCUCUAUCUGACAGUGAUGAAGGAAACAUUAAUUCCACGCCUAUACCUGUUCCCCAGUAACCCCGGCCAAGUACAGGCUGUGGAACAACAGGAAUCAAAGUUUCAAGGGUCUAAAAGGUUUCCCAUCACAAGACCAGAGCAGUCCUUCAAACUGAAGAGUUCCUUCAGACUGAACAUUCCCUGUUCUACCGCCAUCAAUCCACCGGUACAGUUUCAGUAGACUAAGAACAUGAAUC